AUGGUGAAGAAUAUAGACCCCUUAUCGUUGAUCAAUAUCCAGCGGGAAUAUCUCUUUGAAAGAAUCCGACAGGUUCAAGAACAAGGCAAACUUUAUGUGUUGGUUGUAGAUAGGAAGAUUAAGACACUAAUAGAUGCUAUAAUUAGUAAGGAUCAAUUACUUCGAUUAGUAGUGGCCGUUGAACUCAUAGAUGAACGACGCAAACCCCAGUCGUAUCUAGAAGCCAUCUAUAUGUGUCACAUGUCAGUGUACAACUUACAAUGUAUUUUAUCUGAUGUUCACACUAAUAGAUAUCGAUUAGGUCAUGGACUUUUAAUACCUAAACUUGGUUCAGAUAUGGAAUUGAAUCAUUUUUAUAAUCAAAAUUUCCUUACAGAACCAAAAAUAGUUCAAUACUUUCAAAACCAAAAACUAAUUGAAUAUAUAAAUGCGUCCAUGUUCCCUCUUGAAUCCCGAUGCUUUGUUGUUGAUUCUUCAAGGGCCAAUGCCAUGCCUAUAUAUUAUAAUGAGAACUUGGCUGAAUUGGUUCCUCAUCAAAUUAAACGAGUAGCCGAGGCUCUCGUGAAUGUCGUGGUAGUCACCGGGGAAUAUCCUUAUGUUAGAUAUCAAAGUUCUUCUAAAGUUGCCCAUUUGAUAGCCCAAGAAUUCCAAUCUCAACUAGAUAAUUAUGCCAGACUUAACAUAGAUUACCCCCCUCCUCAAACCAAUCGUGUUCGUUCGGUGUUGCUUAUCACCGAUAGAUCCUUGGAUUUGUUUGCUCCUUUACUUCAUGAAUUCACCUACCAAGCCAUGGCUAUGGACAUAGUUGAAUCAUUGGAAAAAGAAGGGGUCUAUAAGUUUAACUCCGAGAACGAAUUGGGAGAAAUCUCAGAAGUCAAUACUGAAAUCGAUAAUGAAGACGAUGAAGAAUGGGUAAUGCUUAGACAUUGUCAUAUUGUUGAAGCCUCUGAAUUGAUCAUUAGCAAAAUCAAUGAUCUAAUUAAAAAUAAUCCAAUGCUUGUGGACCGUACUAAGGCUAAAACUUCAAGUGAUUUAUUAUUUAUAGUGGCUCAUUUGAAAGGGUUCGAUGAAGAAAGGAAGCAUGUUAGUUUGCAUAAACUGUUAAUUGAUGAAUGUGUUCAAAGAAAUGAUGAACGUAAACUCGCUGAAUUUGCUGCUGAUUUUGAACAAACAUGUUGUGCUGAUGGAAUUACUUUUGAAAAUGAACGGAAUAAACAUUUACAUGAUGAUUUGAUUGAGUUAUUAGCAAGACAAGAUUUACUGAUCAAUGAUAAGAUAAGGUUAGUGUUGAUUUAUGGGUUAUAUCGUGGAGGUUUAAUUGAAGACGAUUUUACAAAAUUAGCAAUGUUUAUUGGUGUUGAUAACAAACAAGUGGAACUGUUGGUUUCAAGAUGCUUUGUUAACUUCGCCAAACUUGGGUUCCCCUUAAUCAAAUCUUCUCCAAAGGAUAAAAAUUCAGAUAAGAAGUUAUAUCAUUCCAUUAACAACGAAGGGACUUUCAAUACCUCAAGAUUCAUUGGUGGAUUGAAGAAUGUUCUUCAACAGGUUACCACUGGUACUUUAAGUGAGGAAGAAUUUCCUUAUAUAAGAGAAAGACCUUUAGAAGAUGAACUUCCUAAAACCGAAGCUCAGACUUCCACCUCUACUACUAGUGGACCACAAGCGUUUAGAACUUCAAGAGUUAGAGCAACUUGGGCCGAUCUGUCAAACACGAAAUCAUCUACAAGAAAAACAACGUCUAGACAAAGAAUCUAUUCUUAUGUGGCAGGAGGUAUGACUUAUUCCGAGCUCAGAGCAGCCUAUGAACUUUCCAAGGAAUUAGAUAAAGAGGUUUAUAUUGGCUCAGAAACUUUAUUAAGACCCCGGGAUUUCUGCAUUGGGUUACAAGAUGUUGAUAUCAAUAAAUCAGUUGAUCGGAUCAACUUACCUCUUUUACAAGAGCUUAGAGGUCCAAGAGAUGCUCCAGGGUACAUGUUUGAAGUUCCCAAGCCUCCAGCACCACCACAAUCAUCUUCGAAUCCAAAUCCUGCUUUAAAUCAGCAAUAUAAUCGAUUGAGUCAAGGUUCAUCCAUUAGUUCCAAACCAAUGACUCCAAACUUAUCAAGCAAAGCAUCAAUGCAUAGUCUGUCUCCUAGCGGUGGAGAUAAGUCAUCUCCUUCUAAAAAGAAGAAAAGUAAGUUUAAGAUCUUUUCCAAAUAA